AUGACUCAUUCACAAGGAUCAACAUGUAGGCAAGAAAAAGAACUUCCUUCUAAAUCUAUUGCUAUGGCUCACAAGAAUACUACAGAAAUAGAUUCUAGAAUGAGUCAAGAUUUGAAGAGAAAAGAGACCACAAUUGAAGAUGAUAUUGAAGAGUUUGGCAGCUUGCAAGAAAGACCAAUUAAGAAGGGAAAAACAUGUCAAUUUGCUUCAAUGCCGAUUGAUACAUUUCUUAAACUUAACAAUCAACCUGAUGGUCAAGAGCAAUUGGAUGAGAAUGAAGGAGAUAUUAUAGAGGAGCAGGACAAGGAUUAUAUUAAUCCAACUGUGGCUGAGAACAUAGACAAUACUUUGAAAGAAAUUAGAAAAGGAUUAAAGAUAAAGAAGCCAUUUGGGAAUAUGUUCAAGCUAAUGGUCCUUGCUCGUAUCAAUGACAACUGGAGAAGGUAUAAGACUAUAAUAAAGCAAACUCAUUUUCUGCCAUACAAAUGUGUUAAUGAGAUGCUGAAAAAUCAUCUUAAGACCGUACCUGAGAGUCAUUUUCGUAAAUUAAUUGCUUAUUGGAGAAUUGAGAAAGUUAAGAAAAUGUCUGCGCAGAAUAAGAAAAAUAGGGCACAACAGAAAUUUAGGCAUCGAAAGGGACCAAUAAAUUUUGCAAGAAUACGUGCAAGAUUGGCUCCUUCUAAGGAAAAUAAUGAACCACUUACUCAAGCAGAAAUAUUUGUUGAGACUCGCCAAAGCACAAAGGGAAAAUCAUUGGAUGAAGACACUCUGGAUGUUAAUGGAAGUAUUAAUUAA